AUGCUGCUUGAUGACCUGAAAACUCUUAAUUCUUGUCUAUACAAAGCAUGCUGGCCAAAACUCAGCUUUCUUCAGGCUCGCUUAAUUCGUUUAAUCGAAAAUGAGAACUUUAAUUCUCAACCGGGGUAUUUCAACUUAACUUCGGGAAGUGGCUGUCAGCAAUGUGACUGCGACGUUCUCGGCAGCAUCAACAGCACGUGUGAUGUGCUUGAUGGUCAGUGCUCAUGCAAGCCAGGGGUUAAAGGUCGAAGGCCAGUUCAUUUAUUUAUUGUUUUAAUUUUGAUCUUUGAUCUUGGAAAUUUUAAAAGUCAAAUUGAAAUUGCAAUGUCAUUUCCUCAUUUCCCUUGUUUGGAAGCAAAGUUUUUGGACUGUUCUCAGUACUUCUGCAAGUCACUUAUUGCAACGUGCGAUCAGUGUGAAGCUGAACAUUACGGGUUUGGAAUGAACGGCUGCCACCCGUGUGACUGCGAUGUGAUCGGUUCGGAAUCCUCACAAUGUGAUGUCAUCAGUGGGCAGUGUUUGUGCCGUGAUCAUAUCGAAGGACGACGAUGUGAUCAUUGCAUCGAGAAUCGUUAUAAUCUACAGGCUGGCUGUUUACCUUGCGAUGAUUGCUAUUCUUUGAUACAGCGACGCGUUCACGAUUUUCGCAAAGAUGUCACUGUUCUUGAAGAGACGCUUAAAGAAAUUAUUGAGAAUCCUGCACCGGUUGAUGACAAAGAAUUUGACAACUAUGUAAAUUCUGUCAGCGCAGAAGUGGAAAAUUUAACGGCGAUUGUUAACAACAAAUUAGCUGGAGAUGACUCGCAACUAAUUACACAAGUGAAUAAACUCAAGAAGGAUUUGAAAGAUGCCGUAAAAUUAUUGGAUUCAGUAGAUGACACUAUUAAAAGAGCUGAUGGAAAAGCUUCAAAAGUAGCGGAGACCUUGCAGCGUUGGAAGGUGAUAAAAGAUGGAGCAAGGAAUGAUUUGGAGAAUGCACUGUAUUACUUGGAAACAGAAGGACAAACACAGUGGGAAUUAGCUCAAGAAGCGUCUCGAAAGUACGGUGAACAAAGUCAGCAGUUGUCGGAAAUUGCCCAAGAAGCUUUGAAAUUGGCUGAGCAACAAGAAAAUCGUAGUGCUGAGAUCGAAGCAUUAGCAGAAAAGAUUGCGAAUAAUUCGAAGCAAGCACUGGUUGAAGCUAAAGAAGCCAUUUUCGGAGGUGAAGCUAUCAGCAAAGAAAUUGCAAUCAUGAUGAAGCGCUUGAAUGCAACCGAGAAACUACUAAAUCAAACUUAUAAACUUGCCGAAGAGCAACUUGCGGAAGCUGAUCGGGCAUAUAAAGCUGCAGCAGAAGGCUUAACCACUGUGGAAGGCUUGCGCUUACCGAAUAUUAAUCCACAACAAAUUGAACAAGAAGCGAAGCGAGUUGCGGAAGAUGCUCAAGCCACAGCUCAAAACGCAAAAGAACAAGCAGCUGCAAACAAAGAACUGAUAGAGAAUGCAACGCGUAUUCUUGCUGAUGCGAAAUAUGAAUUACAGCGUUUUCAAGAUCAGCAAAAAGUUUCGGAUGAGCUAUUAGCAGACGUAGAUGCAGCAAGAGUUCGCAUCAUGGAUGCUGUUGCACUAGCUGAAAGUACUUUAGAAGAAGCUCAGCACACUUUAGAAACACUCAACGACUUUCAAGAACGAGUCGAUGCUAGCAAAUCAGAAGCAAUUGAAGAAUUGAGCAAGUUGAAAGAUAUUGAGAAUGAAAUAGCUCUAGCUGAAGACACAACUCGAGAGGCGGAAAAUGCCAUCGGCAAUGCGAAAAAUGACGCGCAAAUAGCAGAAGAAAUCGCUUUGCAGGCGGAAAAGGAAGCGAAAACUAUCAGCAAAAAAGCGUCUGAAUUACAAAAUCAAACACAAAAUUCACGUGAAAUUGCAAACGAUUUGAAAUUAAAUGCUGAUCAACUGCUCAACGAUGUACGAGAAACGAGUACAACUAUGGAAGAUUACCGUCGACAAGCUAGCACAGAUAAAUCUCGCGCAUCUGAGGCUGUCCAAAAAGCGCAAUUGGCCGAAAAUGCCGCUGAAAAUGCAAACAAAACUAUUGGUGAUGCUCAGAAUAAACUUAAAAACAUUAUUGACCAACUGAAAUCACUAGAUAAUGUAAAUAGUGACGAACUGAAUGAAUUAGAGAAGCAGCUGGAUGAGGCCGAAAAACUGUUAGAUGAUGCUGAUUUGGACAAACAGGUAUCGUUGCUCAAAGAACAAAAAAUCGAACAAGAUCGCACCAUCACGCAAUUCAAGAAUGAAAUUGAUACUUUAAAAGAUGAAGUCGAAAAUCUUGAAGAGAUUCGUGAUUCACUGCCAAACAGGUGCUUCAAUGUGAUUAAUUUGGAACAAGAAGGACACAAAUAA